UUUUCCUGCAGCUGCCAGCUGUGCUGGGUUGGAUUGCUUCGUUGGUUGGUUUCCUUCCCUGACGGAUCAGUUCUUCGUGUAUUUAUUUCAGUUGGUUUUGUUUGUGUUUGUGUUCUGUUCUCCCUCGAGAGAGUUUGGUUAAUGUUUAUUUCUAUUUUAAAAAAAGCUCAUUGAUGCCAUCUGCGCUUGGGUCCUUCCUUAAAACACCCCAUUCCGUGACGCUUGAGGUAUGCAUUUAAGGAUUAAAGGGGAAAAGGGCCAACAAAACAAGUGUUUCAACAGUCAGAGAGCCAGAGACAGCGUGGAAAAUGAUCAUAUAUUACUAAAUUAUGACUGUUUUGCUGCAAAAAAAUAAAAAAUAAUUAUCAUUAACAGUGGACCUAAAAUUGGGGCAAAAAAGUUAUAUCAUGACCCUUUUAAGGAAAGAAACAAAAUUACAUGUAGGCCUAACAAACUUAUUGAAAUCCAAAUGAUUUCAAAUUAAGUAAAUGCAAUAACCACGAAAAAAAAAAAAAGAUAAAACCCCAGAAAGCCUGGAGUUCUUGAAACGCCCCAUCCCUUUAGCAGUGUGGCCAGUUUUACUAGAUUGUGUUUGUGUACCUGAUCAAGUAGGAAAGCAACAGACUCAGCUAUGUUCGUUCCACGCACACGUGAAUCUUCAGUUCACAGAUUAACACAUUGUCAUAUUGGUCUAGUGCUGCUAUGCCUUUGGACAUCAACUUGUGUGACUAUUUGGAGAUUGAUGGAUGGUGGGAGUUGGACACAACAAUUCCAGCACCCCGCUCCUAAACCUGUAUCUCUGGAAGGAAGACACAGACAAACAAAUUCCUCACCCACAAUCUCUGUGCUUGAUAUCAUGGGAAUCAGUCAUGAGGAUAUGGGAAUCAGUCUUGAUGAGUGGACAAGUCUGCAGAAGGCUCUAGACUGGCAGAGUCCAGAUAAAGAAAUCACUCAGCUGAAUCUGAGCACAAGUCCAGUCCACUCAACUUUCUCGAUUGUGGGACUCGGUGACAGUUAUAAAGUGGGAGAAAAAAUCCAUGUUAUUAUCACAGCCAGAGACCACAACAACAAUCUGAAACCAUAUGGAGGGGAUUUUUUCCAAGCAAAGCUGUUCAAUUCAAAGUUAAAGGCAAGUGUGUUUGGAGAGGUUGUGGAUUACCGUAAUGGGACUUACUCUGUUGAUCUACUUCUGCCAUGGGAAGGCCAGGCACAAGUGUCUGUGCGUCUAGUCCAUUCCAGUGAGGUUGUGCAGAGUCUAAAAAAAUACAGGGAGUCGUCAUUCCCACGCAGUCACUAUAAAGGCUACUUUGAAGGACCAGGACCUAAUGGAGAAAGAAUCAGUGAAGUAGUAGAAUGUAAUCUUAAAUGGGGCCCAAACGGAAGUUGGAUUAAAGGCAACUGCUGCUGCGAGUAUAAGGACAUAAAAAAAGGGACAGUGUGGCAGUGUGAGAGACCAAAGACACUGUCCUGUGACAACUGGGUGUAUCACUCAAGUGGACCUCUGGAAAACCCAUUAAAUCCCAUUGAGAAGAAACUUUUUACAAAGAAAUUAACAAAUGUCGCUCUUACUGGAGACACACACAUAUUUGUCCAUCCCAACACUACAGGCAUUGGCUCAAUGGAGAGAUGUAGACCUGGCCUGAAAACACCAGUUCCUGCAGGAUUCUAUUUGCAUGACAUCUGGAAGUCUUUUGUAUGUAACACUAAACGCUUCAGUCCUCCAGAAAUGGGAAACUGUCUUAAAAACAAGAUUGUCUAUUUGAUGGGAGACUCCACCGCAAGGCAGUGGUUUGAGUAUUUUGAACAAAAAGUGCCAGGUUUAAGGAGAAUGGACCUCCACACUUAUCAUAUUGGUGGACCUCUGAUGGCUGUGGAGUUGAAAAAUAAUAUCAUUGUUCACUGGCGAAUGCAAGGUGUUCCAUUGAAAUUUUCUAAAAUGCCAAUUACAGAUCUGCAUUAUUUGAGCAAUGAUAUUGAUGAAAUAGCUGGUGGUCAUCAUGCAGUCGUUGUCUUCACAAUCUGUGCUCACCUGGUUUUUCACCCACUAACAUUUUACGUCCAUGAAGUGGCCAAAAUUCGUCAGGCUGUUGUUGCACUACUGAGCCGUGCACCAGAUACUACUGUCAUCAUCAAGUCUGGCAACACUGCAGGACUAAAGAACAUUUUUCAAAGUGAUUGGUAUGCACUGCAGUUGAACACAGUGAUGAGAGAGAUGUUCAGAGAUAUUAAUGGAGUGAUCUACUUAGAUGUCUGGCAGAUGACUUCCUGUCACUAUCUACCUGAAGACCUUCACCCAGGUCCUGUUAUCAUUGCUAAUGAGGUCGACAUGUUACUCUCAUAUAUCUGCCCUACCUGAAACAUCAGACACAAUAAUUACUACUACUCUGAUUACUAUGAAUAUUGAAUAUGUUUUACUUUGUUAUACCAUACAUAAAUGUGAAUAUGUUAAUAACUUUAUAGAUACAGCAUGAUGCCAAUUAAAAUUAGGAGACGAUCUAAAUUAGAGAAGAGGUGUAACUUACUGUAUAUGAUUUCAAAGUGAACAUUAAUUAAAUCUGUCAUCAUGUUCUAUUAUCAUAUCUUUAUUUACGAGUAAUAAAACACACAAUAAUUUACAAUAAUAAAUCUUUGUUUCAGACUUGAAUGUGAGAUCUUUGUUUUAUCUCUGUGAUCUCUCUAAAAGCUUGUAAUUUGUUCUAUGUGUUAAUUAUUUCUUGGUUAUUUAUUGCUUGUUUUGUAACACCCGUAAGAACAAUAAACAUUGUUACUUGUUUUGUUUAAAGGUCAAAA